GGAUUUCCAGCUGCAGCUGAGGUUCCUCGCCCGCAUGGCGCCAAAGAAGCGGGUGAGCGCUUCAGGAAAAACAGCACAGAAUUCGACAUUCAUCGUGUCCAACUGUCGCUUCCUCAGGCGGCUGAGGCUCCGGUCGAGCCCCAGCGCCGCAACGGGCGCGGCUCCAAGAAGGCCCGGCAGCAGCACCUCGCGGCCGCCAUAGAGGCUCAGGUGGUGCAUGAGCAGCAAGACGAGCUGGACAUCUGCCGUCAGAACGCUUCCCAGCGCGAGAAGGCCUUCCAGAACGGCACUGAGAAGCUCCGGUUCCUCGUGCCCGACUACAAUGGCGCGGCGUUGCUCAGCGGUGCCAUGAUGAGCCAGUACUCGUCCGCCGUCAAGGCGCACAGCGACCUCGUAAGGCCACAUCACAUGGAUGGCACAGACAGGGCACUGCGGGCGGGGGAAAACUGCACUGCAUGGCUGUUGUGUUGGUGUGUCUGUGCGUCGGAUGGCUGCAGGACCGUUUUGCGAUGCCGGAGGGUUUCCUGAGUCAGUGCGGCGAGGAGUUCAAGAAGUUGCGCUCCUUCACCGUGGACCGGAUCUUCGCGGCCUGCAGCAGCAUGCGCGUGUGCGGGGGGGCACUCGUGGCAAGCGUCCGGCUGUUCGACUACUACCAAUACAAACGUGAGGCGGCACCUGCACACACACACACACACACGUGCCCUCGUGAGAGUGUUUGUUUUGUGCCUGCCUGCCUGGGUGGCCUCAACAGAGUGGGAGAGCGGUGUGGGCCUGUUUGAGCAUAACGUUGUUGCGGUAGACGGCAUCGCACACACGAACGCGCCAAGAUACGGACAGAGAUGUCCGUGCGCAUCUGUGUGUGGUGUGCUGCACUGCGUGUGCCCGUCCAUAGGUUGGUUACACGUGUCUGUGGAUAGCGUCCAAGUUUGAGAGCGACGCGGCGUUGGUCAACGACCUGGUGAGCCUGAUGAACCAGGUGCCGUGGGACAAACGGGGCAAGGACUUCACGCCCAACGACUUCCUCAACCUCGAGAUACACAUACAGGGGUAAGGAGGUUGGUGACCGGGGAGGGAGGAAGAUGGGCCAUGGUGGCAUCUCUCUCUCUCUCUCUCUGUGUCUGUCUGUCUGUCUGUGUGUGUGUGUGUGUGGUGGUUGCAGCGUUGUCGGCAUGCGAGUGGCGUUCCCUACCCCGUGUAGCUUCACCGAUCGGUUUGCCGAGGCCGGCGGCAUUGCCAUGGACACCAAGGACCACUCCUUCGUGUAUUUCCUACAGGUGGGCUGGCUCGGCAACAAACACACACACAGAUGCACCCUCUUUGUGCUGUGUGCGCAGGAACUGACGUUGACGGACCUCAACUUCUCCAAGUACAAGGCCAUCAUCAUCACGGUAGGUACUCAGACACACAAAGGCUGACUUACACCAUUUAUCUGGACUUCUGGCUGUCCUUGUGUGGUCCAUCCAUCCAUCCAUCGCCUAAACAGAGCGCUGCUGUGUACAUGACCCGCAAGAUGUGGCUGCUGAUGGAGGGCCAGCCACGACACGGCGAGGAUAGCUGGGUACACACACCACACCGCAUAACACCACACCACACAAUACACUCACAGGAGGGCAAAAGAACACACUCAUGUUUGUAUUAUGACUCGUGUGCAGACGGACACGUUGGCUCGCGUGACAGGCGUCAGGAAGUCGCAGCUGCGGCACUGCGCCGGCAAGAUGGCCGACCUCCUGCGCACCCUCGGCCGCCCCGACGUAGCCGAGGUGCACAUUUGUGCAAAGAUCGCACGGAUGAACCUGCGAGCCCUCCUGGCUGUGUGUGUAUGGCACAAACAGGGGAUUCAGGAUGCCUUCGUGGCCAAGUGGAGCUUGCCGGUCAACUACGCCCUGGCGGCCACACUCUACGACUAGUCACCGACGAACCCACACACACGUGACGUAGGUAGGUAAGUGAGCAAAAGGAGCGAGGGGGAGACACACAUAUGGUCUCUUGUCUGCCUCUCUGUCCCUGCAGAUGGCUGGAGGCUGCAUUUUCUCUUCGUAUCUGUCCCCUUCCCACCAGUAUGUAACCAAUCGGCUUGUAUGGCGUGGAUGCGCGGGAGUGUCUGUCUGUCUGUCUGUGGGACUGGCUGGAGGGACGGAGGGUGGGUCUUGUCUUGUCUUACCGCAGAGAGAAAGGCAGGGGCAGGGCGGGAGGGUUCGGUGCGGCCUUAGCAGCAGCUCAGCCAUGGCAUGGAUGAGAAAGAAAUGGACAUGGCGACUGCGCGGCGUGGCAUGCGUCGUUCCCACCCUAAUGUCUGGCUGCACCCAUCCCAUCCCCCCCCUCGUUGCAUAGGUGUGGUAUGUGCAGGCGCUGUGUCCGUGUGUGUGGUUGGGCUGGGUGGUCUGGCUGUUGUCAAUAUUGCCCGCGGUGUCUGUCCGAAUCGAUGGGUGUCACUGAUCGUUGUGGGGACGUGCGCGUGUGUGUGUGAGUGUGUGGAUGGACACGGGAGACGGUUGAAUGCGACAGAGGGAUAUCUUCAGUGUGUGUGUGUGCGUGUGUGCGUGCGAAUGAACACACAUACACAUGCUGAUGGGAGGGGAGAGGGAGAGACGUCCGUACACACCUCAGAAGUGAGUGACACUCACCGGCUACACAUGCAGACAAUCAUGCUAAC